AUGAAUCUAAACGGCAAUAUAUUGGAUACUGUUGCUUAUACCACGUCUGAAGCCUCGCUCUUUGCGAUUCCGCCACCAAGAAAGGCUGCAAAUGGCGAAUACGUUCACAACAUUUUUCAGUGGGACCUCGCGAAACAGCCGUUGUGGCGGGGAGAGAUGAGGGUCAUCGAGCGUGAAGACUUCGGAUCCGAUUCUACGACAGAGCCGUUAGUACUAAAGCUUGAUUUCCUUGAUGAUGGCGUGCUCUGGGCCUCGCUAUUGGGCGAGCAAAACCUCCUGGCCACCCGGUCCACCAAGUUGUAUGUGGUACUCGUGAACUUUAACGACGUAAAGGUGGGGUUGGGGUUGCAAUUGAAGGAUUCCACUCAGGCAAACGAAUUCGCGUUGGCGUUGCAGGACUACCGCUCCCAGCAGGCUAAAAUGAAGUUCUACGCCAAGCCCGAUGCAUCCACUGAUCAGGACAUGGACUCUGACGACUUUGGUGACUUUGUGUCAUAA